CGCAGUUGAGCUUUUGUCGUCAAACUUGUUAAAAGCUGGAAAGGAAAAGUGAAAAAUGAAAUAUUUCCUCACAAUAACUGUUGUUGUCAGCACUGUGCUGAUUUUUGUGUACGGUGAUGUUGAUCGUGGUAAAGGACCUAAUGUUCUUUCAGGAUUAUCAACGCUUGCGCCACCAGUAAAUGAGUCUGCCUUGCCAUGUGAUGUACAGUUGAUGAUUUCUGCAAAUCGGAUUGCUGAAAUUUUGGAGAAAUUGGAAGAAUACAAGUCACAAAAGAGAGCAAUGAAAGUCAUCAUGAAACAAGUUUUGGACUUAAUUAUUGCAAAUAUAUAUCAUGAUGAUGAUGAAGAAGAAGAUGAUGAAUCAAAAGUUGUUGAUAAUCAUUUGCAAAACUUUAAAUUAGAUAGAAAGAAGAGGAAAGUGGCAGAAAUUUAA